AUGCCGAUGAUGCUCACUCCAGACACGCUGCCUUUCUCACCUAGCAAGAAACGACCGUUUACCCACUCACCUUAUGGUCACCAGACUAGAACCGCGACUCAAUGUCAGCAUGAAAUUCAUCCCUCCAACUCACAUCACACACCCCUGUGUCCCAAGUGCACUAUUUACCUGGCUAGAGGAAAGUCCGACGUUGCACUUAAGGAGCUGGUAGCCAAAGGUGGAUUGAGGCCUCCAAAGCACAUGCGCAACCGGCGGUGGAACAAAGCAAGAAAAGUGUACCUGAUAGCGAAACAGCGACUUGAGAAGACCCGGAAGGAAGACCAGUUACGCUGGGAACGUGAGCGGGCGUGGGAGGAGGCUCAUCAACUCAACACCAACAACGUCCAGGCAGCAGUCUUAUCCCUAAACCCUUCGUUGUGCCCGGUUUGUGACUCCUUGGUGGCGUCUUACCCCACGACAAUGCCUGAGGCUCAAGUCACAAAAUACGUGGCUUGGUGGGAGAAACUAGACGCUCUUGCCACCUCACACACACUUGUGCAUCGGCAUCGGACAGCAUUACACUCGCGCAACCAGAACCAUAUACACACGCAAACCGAGAGAGGCAACUCAAGAUUGUGCCAGAUAAUUCAAGCCGUACGCAGGUCGGUGCAAGAGCACAACGAGCUCCGGCUAGCCUGGGAGAUCCGACAGAAGACUGAGGCAGCGAUACGUCGUAAACACGGCUUGGGCGAUUGUUACAUUGGCCCCGAUUUCUGGAAUGAGCCAAUAUCCGGCUAUUAUAGUCGUCGUGCCCACCAGAACAACAAAGACCAGACCCGUAUGGCAGAGCGACGUGCACGCGGUGGCACAGCGCGACCCAGACUACCACGCAGCUCACUGUCCUACUCGGAGACGACGGAAGACGUGUACGUCGAACCACACUUUGGGGAAACACUGAAACAGAAAGAAGAACGAGAGGAAUGGGAGCGUCUGGUCAAGAAGACUGCAGGCGAGAUUGGAUACCUUUAUUUCAUUGGUGGUGGUGUUGAUAUCGAUCACUUGGCGAUAUGGUGUGAGGAUUUUGACCAGAGUAACCAAUAUCUAGUGGAGAGGAAUAAAGCUCCCAAUUCCGAGACGACAGGUGAUGAAGACGUUCAGGAGGACUGGGAUGAUGAUAUGGACGUGAGUGAAAUGGAUGUUGAUGAAGCCUAG